GACGUGAGAAUAAUAAUUCUUUAUUGUUCAAUAACGAUAAGUAAAACUGUUAUAAAUCAAGCUGAUCGCAUGAACAUGUUUCGUUCUGGAUGGAUCUGGCUCGUUAUGGAUAGCAUUACAUCAUUCAGCUUUACAUACUUAUCAGACAAUGACGGAUAUGUACCAUCUUCUUUAGUCGGAUUAAUAGGAACGGCAAUUGUGGUUCCCGACACUAUUUUAUAUUUAAAAUUACCGAAUCAGUUAAAAGAGAAAAAUUUGGGAAAUCAAUUAGAGAAUGAGCAAGCUUUCACUCGUGUGUAUGAUGCAGUGUUAGCAAUUGCCAACGGACUUCACAGAAUUCUUUACGAAGAGAAAGUAUCUUUCGAACUUCCUACUUUCCAAAAAGGAAGUUGCGCAGAUUCUGUCAAUGAGUGGAAGUGGGGUAGAAAUNAGCAUGGUAAUUUUAGAAGCUACCAAGCGAUGUAUAACCGGGCAGAAACUGCUCCUUGCUUUUGUGUACAGAAAACCUAG